UCAUGGCUACAUUGGCGAUAGUGUUUUAUUAAUAAAAUUACUGUUCGUCACGUCAAUGCUUUCAUAAUCGUACGCACGAUGAUUCGCAUAAAUUAUAUUUUGCCGAGUCUACAAAUAAGAAGUUGUAGGCGAUUUGUCACAAGUGCUUUUUUCCUGAAAGCGGAGGAGAUUUUAAAGAAGUCCUCGGAAAAGAGUCUCGAAAUCGAAGAAUCGCCGCGAAUGAAGCAGUUCCAUGAGAAACUUAAAUUGCAGCCGAUACCAAAAAUAGGACCACGGGAGCGAUUCGUGAACUUAGUAUUAGUAAAAACUGACCCAAGAACUGGAGAACUGAUAUCAGAUAACGAGGAGGACCCUACUAAAUGGGGAGACUGGCAGCACGGUGGCAGAGUCAGUGAUUUUUGAAACGCCGCCGUGUAUAUAUUUUUUAUAGAGUUUUUCCAUAAGAAUAUCUAAAGAACUGGAAAUUGAAUCCUCACUUUUCGACUUGCAAUGAUUAAGUUUUGCCUUUGUGAUGUUGUGCAAAAAAAAAUAAAAAAAUAAAUCGAAUUUAACUAUUUCCAUCAAUGUUAAGUGAAAUAAAUCAAGAUUGUUUCUCGAUGGGAAAAAAAUAAAAUCUGGUAUAUGAAAGAAAGCUCUUGUAUUACAGAACGAAAAAAUUGUAUAUCAACGAGGUAAUAAAUUACAUUAUAAAAGAA